AUAGAGAGAAGAAUAUUAUGCAGAAAAAGCAAGACAAACUUUCUGAUUUCCUUUCAAUUUUCAGUUUCGUUUUGCUAAAUUUAAUUUAGUCUCCAUUCUCACACAGUUUGCCUCUCUCGGAUCGUUUCUAUCGGAGCAGAUUUUUUGCGUAGAAAUAACGUAGAUCUUUAUAUCAACUUACGACAUUUAUGCGCAGAACCUGACUAUCAGUCUUAUCUCCCCCCCCUCUCUCUGUGUGGACGGACUGGGAUGGAGAACUUGCCAACAUCGACGAAACCAGAGAGGCGAUGGAGAUCAUCGAAGCCUCUACAUUCCUCCAAGCCAUCUCUAUUCAUGGCCUUCUGCUCUUGUCUCGCUUGGCUUUACGUCGCCGGCCGGUUGUGGCAGGACGCGGAGAACAGGUUAUUACUUGCUAAUCUACUGAAGAAGAACGCCGAUCAGAGACCUAAAGUUCUUACAGUUGAAGAUAAGUUGAUGGUCCUAGGAUGCAAAGAUCUUGAGAGGAGAAUUGUGGAAGCAGAAAUGGAAUUGACUCUAGCAAAGAGUCAGGGUUACCUCAAGAACCAGUUGCGAAAAAGUGGGUCUUCUUCAGAUAAAAAAUUCCUUGCAGUUAUUGGAGUUUAUACUGGAUUUGGUAGUCGCCUGAAGCGCAAUAUGUAUAGAGGGUCUUGGAUACCCAGAGGCGAUGCAUUAAAAAAGCUUGAAGAAAGAGGAGUGAUCAUACGUUUUGUGAAUGGGCGGAGUGCUAAUCGAGGUGAUAGCUUAGACCGCAAAAUUGAUGAGGAAAAUCGUUUGACAAAGGAUUUUUUUAUUCUUGAGGGUCAUGAGGAAGCUGAAGAAGAGUUGCCAAAAAAAGCAAAGUUCUUUUUCAGCACUGCAGUUCAGAACUGGGAUGCUGAUUUUUAUGUGAAAGUUGAUGAUAAUAUUGAAAUUGAUCUCGAGGGGUUGAUUGGACUUCUUGAGCAUCGUCGUGAGCAAGCUAGUGCUUAUAUUGGAUGUAUGAAGUCAGGAGAAGUGGUUACUGAAGAGGGAAGGCCAUGGUACGAACCUGACUGGUGGAAAUUUGGAGAUGAGAAAUCGUAUUUCCGACAUGCAGCUGGUUCACUUUUCAUACUCUCCAAAAGUUUGGCCCAGCACAUCAAUAUAAACAGUGCAUCUUUGAAGACUUAUGCUCAUGAUGAUGUAUCAGUGGGGUCUUGGAUGAUGGGCAUUCAAGCAACUUAUAUAGAUGACAAUCGCCUUUGCUGCCGUAAUAACGCUAGACAAGACAAGGUGUGUUUUGCACUGUGAUCAAAGGAUAGAGCCUUUUUUUAGUCAACACACAGCCUUCAGGUAUACAUUCAGAGAUUGAGUAAACAUCAACAAAUUACUUUAUUGUCAUCCUGCCCUCGCCGAUUUUGGGGGACUCAGUGGCCGCAAGACAUCUGCAAAGCGACCAACCAACAGCUGAAUUAUUAUUCUUUUAUGUGGAUAGUACUAGCAAAUUUUUUAGGAUAAGGCUAGGGUAUACCUGAAAUUGUUGACUCAGGAUAUUGCUAAUUGUUGGUAGUGAUGCAUGCGGAGUACUACUAAAGAAGAGACUGGUUUAUGUUUUCUCUCUUUCUUUAAGCUUCAGGUCUCGCCUUCCCAAUGUUGUGUGUGUAGAUUAUUAGUUUAACCAUCAAGUCUGCAAAUUUCUUUUGUUCUAUACUAAAUUUAUUAUUAUCAACUAAUGUGGGUUUGUUUCUGAAACA